CUAACAGCUAUGGACGAAGAAGAUUUGUUGCUGGAAACACCGGGAGCAAUUGAUAUCGGUAAUCUCAGCGAAUUAGAUGAGUCCGCAAUUUUGGGUGAAGAUGAUAUCUUGGAAGAGGAAGUUGUGAAAGAUGAGAGACAUCAAUCACAGAAUGACACAAAAGGAAAAGAAGAGGGAAAUCAGAACCUGGUUACAAGCAGUAGCAGUAACAGCGUCGUCCCAGCCAAUAAACCUCAGGCUCGAGUAGCGAAAGCUGAAACAAAAGUACCAAAGGAAAUGCAACAGCUACCUGACAGUACCACAGCAUCCAGUACACGAGCGCCAAAAGUAUUUAUCAAUCCACAUCAUAAAGGUGUCAUCAGACCGCAGUCCAACUGUAAGCGCAUAUCUUUGAUUUUUGCGUAA